CUGACUGGUGAGUGCGGAAGAAGCGAAACACAUUCAGCGGUAGCAUGAAAAAGCAUAAGACCUCUUCAUUUAAAAUGACAUAGGGAAAGCCUAGUUUUGUCUCAUACUUUUAAAAUAGAGCAGUUUGCCUGCAACUUUCCCAAAUUUCUCCCACAGCUGUUCCGAAUUGUCCUUACACAAUGAUGGCAGGCAGCGAGUCAAGGGUCGUGAUGAAUGGAACUCAAGUUUCUUACAUUGGGCAAGAUUGUGAAGAAAUUCCAGCAUUUAUAGGAGAGCAGUAUGGGGGAUUCGCCAAGAGACUGGAUCUUAGCUUCAACCUACUGAGGUCACUGGAGGGACUAAAAGCAUUCAGCUGCCUUGAAGAGCUGAUUGUGGACAACAAUCUCCUUGGAAAUGAUCUCCUGUUACCCAGGUUACCACACCUCCAUACCCUAACACUCAAUAAGAACCAGAUAACAGAUAUAGAAAGUCUGUUGGACCAUGUGGCUGAAGUGGCACCUUCCCUGGAGUACCUCAGCCUACUGGGUAAUGAAGCCUGUCCCAAUGAACUUGUCAGUCUGGAUAAGGAUGAGGAUGACUACCAAAGAUACAGGUAUUUUGUGCUCCACAAGCUGACCAACCUGAAAUUCCUGGAUACUCGGAAGGUGAGCAAAAGAGAGCAUGAAGAAGCUAAAGCCAGGGGUGCCUUUAUGAAAGUGGUGAAACCAAAGACUGAUACGGAGUCCAGGGAUCUGAGGUCUGCCUCUCCAGGGAUGCCUUACACUCCUUUGCCUAGUGGGUCCAGGGAUUCUAAAAGUCAUAAAGGUAUAUUUUCCAAAUGUCGAUAUGUCUACUAUGGAAAGCAUUCAGAAGGCAACCGAUUCAUUCGCGAUGAGCAACUCUGAUCAACAACUCAUUUUUGCUUCAGUUGUUAAAAAAAAGACAAGAAAAGCACAUACACCACCUCUACAUUUUAAACAACCAAAUACAGCCCUCUAGUGCCUUCUGCUGACUUUGUUUGUCCUGUCAAGACCAUCCUUCUAUCCUGGUCUGAGCAAUCACAUUGAGAUUGACAUGAUUGCCUUUAAGCAGGCCCCUUUCACCAGAGUGACAGACAGCUGCAGCCAAGUGCCUGGCCUGACAGGAUGAGCUCUGUGAUGGAUUGCUUGGCUCAACCUGCUACCCAUGGAAGGGCAAAGGUCACACCUGAGGCUGCACUGAGCUUGCGCAAACAACAAUGAUGAUGAGCUUCUUGAAAGUCAAAUUAAAAGUAUCAGUGGUUCAGUCCCCACUGAUUCUUUUAAUUUGACUUUCACCCACUGAUACCCCCCAUAUCAGUGGUUCAGUCCACUUCAAGCAGACAACAUUCAGUUUGUAUCUCAAGAUGUUCUGUUACUUAAUUGGAAGUCCCAAGUUUAUUAGUAGUUUAAGUGAAGUAAAACCCUAAUCCAUUACCAAGGUUUAUAUAUAUGAUAAUCUACAGUGUUUUGUUUAUAAGAUAUCCACAGCAGCAGCUAUUUUCUGUCAAUCUUUGGUAAAAUCUUGAGCUUCAUAGCACACUUGUAUUUUGUUAAAUGUUAUAAUUGUUUUUUAAAAAAAAGUUCCUAUAAUAUUGUGUCUUUAUGAAGUAGUCUUUGGAUGUGAGUUAACUAAUGGUUUCAUUUAAUUGUAACAAUUACUAAGGUUUAUUGUAAUAAUUACAGAGUCAUUUACCCUUAUUCCUUUUAUAGACAUGUAAUGGGAUUGAUUAAUCAUGUUACUUAUUCCAUAUCUAAUAUAUGUUCUGAAAUUAAACAAAAUAUUGGAAUGUUGGGAGGAAAUAAAGAAUUUGUGUUUUUAAAGGUGGCGAUGCACAAAUAUUUUAUUCUUGUUGCAUUUUCAGAAACACUAAAUUCCUAACCCUUUCUUGUCAAACUGCAUUUUAUUACAUGACACUCUGGGCAAGAGCUACAUAUAUGGAUGUUUGUAGGCUUUGCAAUUGAAUAGCUGAGACAUAGAACCAUGUGAUAUGUGACUUUAACAGCUUCGUAUUAAGCCAUGACAUUGUUUCCAAGGGAGCUUCUCUCGCUUGGACUCUAUUCACCAUUUGAUGAAUGUCUGCUACUCCACUAAAUAAAUAUUAUUUAUAUAAUGACACAUGAGAUUUUGUUUCAAUUAUAAAGAACAAUUGGAGAGCACAUAUAUGGUUAUUUUUCUGAAUGUUUCAAUUGUAUCCCUUUAUUUAUUAAAGAAAACAGGUAAGACCAAACAUUGCUAUCAGGGGCCAUAUUUCUAAAGCUUUUAUUCAUUCAUUAGACAUUUUUUUCUAAAUCUUUUUUGAUUUAUUUAAUAAAGUUUGAUAUUCAUGACACACUGGAAGGCAAAUUAUCAUGACUGUAGCUAUCAAACUAUUUAAGCCACCAAAACUCAUGUGUUUUUUUUUUUUAUUUUUGUAUUACCAUUCCUUGUUUAGAAAGCAAACUACUUACUUUGUUAAAUAACUUUUAGAUAAAGUGUAAUUCAUUUUAAUAGCAUUUGUAGUGGUUAUAUUAUUUCAGCUAUUUAUUAUUUUCAUGUGCCUCAGACCACAGGGUCCACACAGUCUUUGCAGAAUUUGAAAUAAUGUUCCACUUCCUAAAACUUACCGCUGAGGAGCAUUUAAGGAUUAAGGAUUUUCAGUUGGUCCAGUAGAAAGGAAAUCUUACAAAAAAGAAUUCUUGUGUCAGGCCCUCACUGAUAAAUAGCCACUUCCUGCACCUGUAUGGUAUAGUAAACCCUGUUACAAUGUUACAGCAUACUGUACAUCAUCAACACCCAAGCACUGAUACCUUUUUCAUUUGUUAAAAAUGUGAUUGAACCUUCUUAAUUGUAGCCUGUUUAAUGAACUAUUAAUUGACUUUCCCCUAGUGUUCAAAAUCUUUGCUGGUGGCUAUCUUUGAAGAUUUUCUCUUAGUCAUUCCAAAACUACAUUUCAUUUUAUGUGUAUCCCUGAUAUAAAGAUUUCAUCCAUUUAAAUACAUCUAACUAGCAGACAUUGUUCUGUUUUUUGUUUUGUUUUAAUUUUUUGCUUUAUUUUACCAAAUUACACAAAAUGGUUGACUUCUUUAAAAACAUCAGUUUUAAUGAUAUUUUGGUGAGGAUCUCAUUACGUUACUGGGGGGGCCAUUUUUUUCCAACAUGUGA